AUGUCAUAUGAUGGUUGGGGACAAGGUGAACCAAACAAUAAUGGUGGAGUUCAAAAUUGUGCUUGCAUCAGGUCGGUCACAGAGUAUAUAUAUAGAAAGCAUGGAAAAUGGGACGAUGACCUCUGUACAUUGGACAGAAACUUCAUUUGCCAGAAAGGAAUUUAUAAUUUCCAUCUCGUGAUCCCUCGAACUUAUCCCGGUUUCGCUAAUGUAUACUGCGCCAUCAACGUCGAAAUCGAAGGAGAAACACUGUCUCCAGAUGACGUCACGCUAUCCGUCGGUCAAACUCUUUCGUCAUCGAAACCGAUUUCCUGCUCAUCGACGAGUCUUGACGGUGAAUUCCGUAAUAAAAGUUUCCUUCUUGACAAUGUGAACGAAGACGACCAAAUCUUCUGCUACGUAGGUGAACUGCCGGACAAAAAUAGAUCCUUUUCACUGGCUACUAUUUCUGCUGUCUUUGAUUUUUACGCUUUACCAGAGCUACCAUCCGGCCCAACAGUCGGAGAGAUCAGGUCGUCAUCAGUCUCUGUCUUCUGGAGCUCUUGGAUACCUUGUCUGGACUUCGGCGACGGGCCAGUUGUUGGUUACCUUAUCUAUCAGCAAACUAUGGAAGACGAAUGGAUAGUGGUUGGUAAAAUCGACUUGGAUGUGGGAGAGAAGGCGAUCUUCAACGAAUAA